CGUCCGCCCACAGGCUUCCUGUUUUGCAUGACUUGGAGUAUCUCUGAGGGCCAAGAGUUAAAUAUGCUCGCUGCCGGCCUUCACAAACACACCCAGGGCAAGAUGAGGUCGUCCACAGCCUUGCUAGCAGUGUUGGCGUUUCUUACUCAUGAGUCGUCUGCCAGUUCAUUUCUGACACAACCUGACAAAUCCAAGACUGUCAGUCUGGAGGGGACUGUGUCCAUCAGUGCCACGGGGAGCUCAAAUAUUGGUCCUGACCUCAGCUGGUACAUCCAGAAACCUGGAGAAGCUCCCAAACUGCUGAUAUACAAAGCAGUCACCCUCUUUUCAGGGACUUCAGCUCGGUUCAGCGGCAGUAGAUCUGGGACUAGCUACACUCUCACCAUCUCUGGUGUCCAGAGGGAGGAUGCAGGAGUAUAUUACUGUCUGGGUGACCACGGUAGCUAUGUGUUCACACAGUGAUUGAGAGCCGUACAAAAACCUCCCUCAGUCACACUGCGUAGACACUGAGCUGUUACAGCAGGAACCUGCUGCAGCUGCUGAGGGGGAAGAGACUCUGACACAGAGCGCUGAGCACAGAGCUGGCUC